CAGUAGUUGUUAGGUGUGUUGAGCGUUCUUUCGUUUUCGUUUUCGGCGCUUCAUAACAUCAUUCUUUUGAAAUUUUAUCGAAACGUUCAAAGGACUAUCUACUUUUGGUWCUGCRUCGGKUCAACAGAUAACACAGACGUUUAUUAGGCCRACUGGAGAYUGCAGACUCGAAAGAUUCAAGCAACCAUGGAGGACAAAAGAAGAGGAGAAGGAAUUGAGUGUCAAAAAUUAGCGAAUUCCUUCAAUUCAUCAGGAGAAUAUGACAAAGCAAUUGAAUGUCUGGAAAAGAGCCUUGACAUUUUUAAAGAGAUUUUUGACAAAGAGUCAGAAGGAAUCAGUUACGGCGAGUUAGGAAAUACCUAUCAAUCGCUAGGAGACUUUCCCACAGCAAUUCAGUAUCAUGAAAAGAGCCUUACCAUUGCUCAAGAGCUUGCCGACAGGGCUGGACAAGUAGCCUGUUAUGUGGAYCUGGGAAAUGACUAUGGAUCAAUAGGAGACUUUCACAAAGUAAUUGAAUACAGUGAAAUGGCCAUUGCCAUUGCUAAAGAGAUUGGUUGUAGAAAGUCUGAGGGAAUUGCSUAUGGGAACUUAGCAAAUGGCUAUAUGUCAUUAGGAGAAUAUCGCAARGCAAUUGAAUACAUAGAAGARAGCCUUUCCAUUGCGCAAGAGACUGGUAACAGGAGGGGAGAAGGAAAYACAUUGGAAUGCAUGGGAAAUACCUAUCACUUAUUAGGAGAAAAUCUCAAGGCAAUUGAGUACUAUGAAAAAAGCCUUAGMAUUGCUAAAGAGGUUUUUAACAGGGAUGGAGAAGCAAGCAAUUACGGAAGAUUGGGAAAUAUGUAUCACUCAAUGGAAGAAUAUCGCAAGUCAAUUGARUACUAUGAAAACGGGCUUAGUAUUGCUGAAGAAAUUGGUCGCAAAGAUAUAGAGGGAGGCAUUUAUGGAAACUUAGGAACAGCGUAUGAAUCAAUAGGAAAUUAUCACAAGGCAAUUGAAUGCAGUGAAAARGGCAUUUGCAUUUCAAGAGAAGUUGGUAACAAAGCAGCAGARGGACGCAUCUACGAACACUUGGGACUUGCUCAUGCCUCAUUAGAAGAAUAUCACAAAGCAAUGRAAUGUCAAGAGAAGGCCCUUAGCAUUGCUAGAGAGAUUGAAGACCGAAUUGGUGAAUCAGCUUCCCAAUGUAACAUCGGAGUUCUCUUCAGUUCUGAAUGCAGCUUGAAAAACCUCGGGAAAGCUGAAGAAAACUUUCAAAGCGGAAUUGAAUGCAGUGAAAAGCUAUUUGAUGAGUUAAAAGAAAAAGACCAAUUCAAGAUAUCAUUCGUUGAUACCUAUGUUAAGAACUACAAACUUCUUAGCAAAGUUCAACUCGAGACAAAACAGCAAGAAAAGGCUUUGCUGACAUGUGAACGUGGACGAGCCCGUGCUUUAAGAGAUCUCUUGAGCUUGAAAUACAACACAAAUGAAAAACCUCCUUCAAAGCAAAUUGAAUCACUGAAACUUGAUGAUGUCAAGAUAAUUUCGUCAAGAUGUGAUGCCUGCAUUCUUUUCUAUGAUAUUGAUCCUAAUAAACUGACUGCUCGUUUGUGGGUUGUAUCUUCACAAUCCAAUUCAAUCGACGUGUAUGAUGAAAUGGCCGAGCAUGAAGCCUUAGAAAAAAUCGUAUCUAAUCUGMCUAAAGACGARACGCAGAACAUCAAGAACGGAUAUUUCCACCAUCUUGUUGACAACAGCUACCAUCAUAUGAAUAUUAGAGACGCAGUGAAGUGUGAGGACCGGUCGCUGGAAUCACUACAGUGUGAGGAAGACAUGGGCCCUGCACCUUCUUACACCUCAUCAGAACCCAAUGAAACUUCUAGGAGUGUUUUCAGAGAACUUACAAGAUGGGUAGUAGACGUGGACGAAGAUSAUGACAUGUCCUUGGAAGUGCUGUUUCAGCGAUUAGUUACCCCAAAACUGGACAAGUUGACCACAGAUGAGAUUGUCAUUAUUCCUGAUGGCCCUUUGUUCAUGGUACCAUUCGCUGCUCUACGARAUCCARAAACGGGURAAUAUYUAWGUGAAACCAAACGUCUYCGYUUGGCYCCUUCUCUGACGACUUUGAAAAUUCUACAAGAAUCUUCAGAUGAUCGCCACUACAAGUCAGGAGCACUGAUUAUUGGAGAUCCUGCUGUCGGAGAAGUCAUGUAUAGAGGGAAUAUAAAGAGAGAUAUUCAUCCAUUGCCCGGUGCAAGAGAUGAAGCAACAGAAAUAGGAAAACUACUCGGAGUUGAGCCAUUGCUAGGAGAAAAAGCAUCAAAAGAAGCAGUCUUAUGUAAACUACAGCAUGGUGUGUCCGUCAUCCACUUUGCUGCUCACGGUAGUUCACAAAAUGGGCAGAUUUUCCUGGCCCCUUCUCAUCUCUUGACAAUGAAAGACGCACAAGAAAGUGGAAUUCGUGCUCAACUUGUUGUACUGAGCUGCUGCCACAGUGGUCGAGGAGACAUCAAGUCCGAGGGAGUCGUUGGAAUGACUCGAGCUUUCCUCGCUGCAGGAGCCCGUGCCGUUGUGGCGUCAUUGUGGGCCAUUGAUGAUUUAGCAACGAAGGAAUUCAUGCUCAAAUUCUACUCGUACCUGAAGAAUGGAGAGAGUGCCAGUAGGAGUCUACAGCAAGCAAUGAAAGAGAUGAGAGAAACAGAGAUUUACAAGGAUCCAAAGUACUGGGCUGCCUUCUUUCUCAUUGGUGAUGACGUCACUAUCAUUGUGUAAUCCUUUUUUUAGUCUAAGUAGGGUUUUUACUGAGUGAAGGAAUGUAUUACACACAUUCAAGGUUAAGACUAUGUAAAGAAGUCGAAACAAGAGUAUAAUAAUCUAAUUGGUACACACAUGACAGAUCGAGCGUGGCUAUCUGUCGAUCAUACACACACAAGGGAUGUUAUAUCGUUAUAAACCGUUAGAGCAGAAGUCCGAGUCAUUGUUUGAAAAUAAGUGAUAAUUUGAUUAAUUAAAGUUAAA